GCCAGGGCGCCCCGGGAAACUUUCCGGCGGCGAGGAGAGGACGCCCGUCCCCGAGCCGCUCCGGCGAUGUGCGUCUCGGCGCGGCGACAGCGGCUGCGGCGCGGACCCGGAGCCCGGGAGGACACACGCGCGGGACAGUAGUCCACUCUGCCAGUUACACCAUGAAUGGGAUGGCCAACGUGAAUUCCGCCAGCCGCCCUCACUACACAUCCUCCAUCCCUGUGCCCCGAGCCUCUUCCCAGACGAGGAUUCCCACACCCGGUGCAUCUCCCCAGCUGCGAUCGCGCCAGGCUGACCUGGCCCUCAGCCCACAGCGAGCAGCCUCCCCACGGCUGGGCAAGAAUGUGGGCUCUUCCAGAAACUCCUCACCCAAGGCCUCGCGUGGGAGAGGCUCCCCAAGGGCUUCUGGGGUAGUGAGAGAGUUGGUUGAGAGUGGUGAAGGCCUUCCCAGCUCUCCCUGGAGCAGUCCCAGAGUAACCCCCAAAGCAGCCCUCUCUAGCCAGGCAGGAUCCAGAAGGGCUGGGGAGACACAUGGCACCCAUGGAAAGAAGAAGAAGACCCAGGAAGGGAUUCCAGUCCGCCAGACCCGAGGCAGGAGCCCACCCCAGACAAGUGCUCAUGGAGAAACUCAAAUACCAGAGGCUCCUGAAGGUCGAAAGCCUCCUAACUGCCCAGGAAAAGAUCAAAGAGAUAUAAACUACACACGUUCUGCAGAGCCUGCUGAUCGAGCAGCCUCAGGAGCCUCCUCUCCAGUUUAUAGCCCAGCGCAGAGCAAGCAUGCCUCUCCCACCCCAGGAACCAUUAGCUUCUCCUCGGUCCAUCAGCAGAGCCAGCCCAUCACAGCUACUGUGGCCCCCUUCCGGUACAGGUUACAGACAGACCAGGAGCCUGGCCCACUCCCUCAGGCCAGCUGGGCCCAUGACAGCUACUCCAGCCCCCCAAGCAGGACAGAUGGCAGCUUCUCUGGUGUGGACGCGCGGAUCGUCCAUGCGCUCCUCGCGGGCAGAAUGCUGGGCAGCAGCGUCAAGAGCGCGCAGCCUGAGGUGGAGCUGAGCAGCGGUGGCGGCGACGAGGGCGCGGACGAGCCGAGGGGAGCCGGCAAGAAGGCGGCUGCAGCAGACGGCCGAGGCAUGCUGCCCAAGCGCGCCAAAGCGCCCGGUGGCGGCGGCAUGGCCAAGGCCAGCGCGGCGGAGCUGAAGGUCUUCAAGUCCGGCAGCGUGGACAGCCGUGUCCCCGGCGGGCCACCCACCUCCAACCUGCGCAAACAGAAGUCGCUCACAAACCUCUCGUUCCUCACGGACUCCGAGAAAAAGCUGCAGCUCUAUGAGCCCGAGUGGAGUGAUGAUAUGGCCAAGGCGCCCAAGGGUUUGGGCAAGAUGGGAUCCAAGGGCCGCGAGGCCCCGCUGAUGUCCAAGACGCUGUCCAAGUCUGAGCACUCGCUCUUCCAGGCCAAAGGCAGCCCGGCGGGCGGCGCCAAGACCCCCCUAGCCCCUCUAGCGCCCAGCCUGGGAAAACCCAGCCGGAUCCCGCGCGGACCUUAUGCGGAGGUCAAGCCGCUCAGCAAGGCGCCCGAGGCAGCAGUGAGCGACGACGGCAAAUCGGACGACGAGCUGCUCUCCAGCAAGGCCAAGGCACAGAAAGGCUCUGGGCCGGUCCCCCCUGCCAAGGGCCAAGAGGAACGCGCCUUCCUCAAGGUGGACCCCGAGCUUGUGGUGACUGUGCUGGGCGACCUGGAGCAGCUGCUCUUCAGCCAGAUGCUGGACCCAGAGUCCCAGAGAAAGAGGACAGUGCAGAAUGUCCUGGAUCUUCGACAGAACCUAGAAGAGACCAUGUCCAGCCUGCGAGGCUCCCAGGUGACUCACAGCUCCCUGGAGAUGACCUGCUAUGACAGCGACGACGCCAACCCCCGAAGUGUGUCCAGCCUCUCCAACCGCUCAUCCCCCCUCUCCUGGCGCUAUGGCCAGUCCAGCCCGAGGCUGCAGGCCGGUGAUGCACCCUCGGUGGGUGGGAGCUGCCGCUCUGAGGGGCCACCUGCAUGGUACAUGCACGGGGAGCGCACCCACUACUCGCACACCAUGCCCAUGCGCAGCCCCAGCAAGCUCAGCCACAUCUCCCGCCUGGAGCUGGUCGAGUCCCUGGACUCAGAUGAGGUGGACCUCAAGUCCGGCUAUAUGAGUGACAGUGACCUUAUGGGCAAAACCAUGACGGAAGAUGAUGACAUCACCACUGGCUGGGAUGAAAGCAGCUCCAUCAGCAGCGGGCUCAGUGAUGCCUCAGACAACCUCAGCUCGGAAGAGUUCAAUGCCAGCUCCUCACUCAACUCCCUCCCGACUACACCCACUGCUUCUCGCAGGAACUCCACAAUAGUGCUACGCACAGACUCAGAGAAACGCUCCUUGGCAGAAAGUGGGCUGAGCUGGUUUAGUGAAUCUGAAGAGAAAGCUCCCAAAAAACUGGACUAUGACAGUGGUAGCCUGAAGAUGGAGCCUGGGACUUCUAAAUGGCGGAGGGAGAAGCCUGAGAGCUGUGACGACUCAUCCAAAGCUGGGGAACUGAAAAAGCCCAUCAGCCUGGGACACCCUGGUUCUCUGAAGAAGGGCAAGACCCCCCCUGUGGCUGUCACUUCCCCCAUCACUCACACAGCCCAGAGUGCCCUCAAAGUUGCAGGUAAACCUGAAAGCAAAGCCACAGACAAGGGCAAGCUUGCGGUGAAGAACACUGGGCUGCAGCGCUCCUCCUCCGAUGCUGGCCGGGACCGUCUGAGUGAUGCUAAGAAGCCCCCCUCGGGCAUUGCUCGCCCCUCCACUUCGGGAUCUUUUGGCUACAAGAAGCCUCCUCCUGCCACAGGCACAGCCACCGUCAUGCAGACUGGUAGUUCAGCCACUCUCAGCAAGAUCCAGAAGUCCUCAGGCAUCCCAGUCAAACCCGUCAAUGGACGCAAGACUAGUUUAGAUGUGUCCAAUAGCGCAGAGCCCGGAUUCCUGGCUCCUGGAGCCCGGUCCAACAUCCAGUACCGCAGCCUACCCCGGCCAGCCAAAUCCAGUUCUAUGAGCGUGACCGGUGGGCGGGGCACAGCCCGCCCUGUGAGCAGCAGCAUUGACCCCAGUCUGCUCAGCACCAAGCAAGCAGGCCUGACCCCCUCCAGACUGAAGGAGCCCUCCAAGGUUGCCAGUGGGCGGAGCGUGCCGGCUCCCGUCAAUCAGACGGAUCGGGAAAAGGAAAAGGCCAAAGCCAAGGCAGUGGCCUUGGACUCAGACACCAUCUCCUUGAAGAGCAUUGGCUCCCCAGAGAAUACUCCCAAGAACCAAGCAAGCCACCCCCCAGCCACCAAGCUUGCAGAGCUGCCACCAACCCCUCUCAGGGCCACAGCUAAGAGCUUUGUCAAGCCACCCUCACUAGCCAAUCUAGACAAAGUCAACUCCAACAGUCUGGAUCUACCAUCGUCCAGCGACGCCCACACUGCAAAGGUCCCAGAUCUGCAUGCUUCAAGCUCAGCCACUGCAGGCCCUCUCCCUACUUGCUUCACCCCCAGUCCGGCACCCAUCCUCAAUAUUAACUCAGCCAGCUUCUCCCAGGGCCUGGAGCUAAUGAGCGGUUUCAGUGUUCCCAAGGAAACCCGCAUGUACCCCAAACUCUCAGGCCUGCACAGAAGCAUGGAGUCCCUCCAGAUGCCCAUGAGCCUGCCCAGUACCUUCCCCAGCAGUUCUCCCAUCCCCACCCCACAUGCUGCUCCUGCUGCACCCUCAGAGGAGGAAACGGAAGAACUGACCUGGACUGGAAGCCCCCGGGCUGGACAGCUGGACAGCAAUCAGCGAGAUCGAAACACCCUUCCCAAGAAAGGGCUCAGGUAUCAGCUCCAGUCCCAGGAGGAGACCAAGGAGAGACGGCACUCCCACACCAUCGGCGGGCUGCCCGAAUCUGACGACCAGGCAGAGUUGCCUUCCCCCCCUGCCCUCUCCGUGUCCCUGAGUGCAAAGGGCCAGCUUACCAACAUAGUGAGUCCCACUGCGGCCACCACGCCAAGAAUCACUCGCUCCAACAGCAUCCCCACCCACGAGGCGGCCUUCGAGCUGUACAGCGGCUCCCAAAUGGGGAGCACCCUGUCCCUGGCCGAGAGACCCAAGGGAAUGAUUCGGUCAGGAUCCUUCCGAGACCCCACGGACGAUGUUCAUGGCUCCGUGCUGUCCCUGGCCUCCAGUGCCUCCUCCACGUACUCCUCAGCUGAGGAGAGGAUGCAAUCUGAGCAAAUCCGGAAGCUUCGUAGGGAACUGGAAUCAUCCCAGGAAAAAGUGGCCACCCUGACCUCGCAGCUUUCUGCCAAUGCUAACCUAGUGGCUGCUUUUGAGCAGAGCCUGGUGAACAUGACAUCUCGCUUACGGCACCUGGCAGAGACCGCGGAGGAGAAGGACACUGAGCUGCUGGAUUUGCGGGAAACCAUAGAUUUUCUGAAGAAAAAGAACUCUGAGGCUCAAGCAGUCAUUCAGGGAGCCCUGAAUGCCUCAGACACCACCCCUAAAGAGCUCCGGAUCAAGAGACAGAACUCCUCAGAUAGCAUCUCAAGCCUCAACAGCAUCACCAGCCAUUCCAGCAUUGGCAGCAGCAAGGAUGCUGAAGCCAAAAAAAAGAAGAAAAAGAGUUGGCUUCGAAGUUCCUUCAACAAAGCCUUCAGUAUAAAAAAGGGGCCCAAGUCAGCUUCCUCAUACUCUGAUAUUGAGGAAAUUGCCACACCCGACUCCUCAGCCCCCUCCUCCCCUAAACUGCAGCAUGGCUCCACAGAGACUGCCUCACCCUCCAUCAAGUCCUCCAACUCAUCCUCUGUGGGCACUGAUGUCCCCGAGGUGCCUGCUCACUCAGCCCCCCACACAAGGCUCUUCCACACCAAUGAGGAGGAGGAGCCGGAGAAGAAGGAGGUAUCAGAGCUGCGCUCUGAGCUGUGGGAGAAAGAGAUGAAGCUUACAGACAUCCGCUUGGAGGCCCUUAACUCUGCCCACCAACUGGACCAGCUUCGGGAGACCAUGCACAACAUGCAGCUGGAGGUGGACCUGCUGAAAGCAGAGAACGACCGGCUGAAGGUCGCCCCUGGCCCCUCCUCAGGUUCCACUCCAGGGCAGGUCCCUGGAUCCUCUGCUCUGUCAUCCCCUCGCCGGUCCCUCGGUCUUACACUUACCCAUUCCUUCAGCCCAAGCCUCACAGACACAGACCUGUCACCUAUGGAUGGCAUCAGCACCUGCGGUCCAAAGGAGGAAAUAUCCCUUCGGGUGGUGGUUCGGAUGCCCCCUCAGCAUAUUAUCAAAGGGGACUUGAAGCAGCAAGAAUUCUUCCUGGGAUGUAGCAAGGUCAGUGGAAAAGUUGACUGGAAGAUGCUGGAUGAAGCUGUUUUCCAAGUGUUCAAGGACUACAUUUCCAAAAUGGAUCCAGCCUCCACCUUGGGUCUAAGCACUGAGUCCAUCCAUGGCUACAGCCUCAGCCAUGUGAAACGCGUGUUGGAUGCUGAGCCCCCAGAGAUGCCUCCAUGCCGUCGAGGUGUAAAUAAUAUAUCAGUCUCCCUCAAAGGUCUGAAGGAGAAAUGUGUGGACAGCCUGGUGUUUGAGACGCUAAUCCCCAAGCCAAUGAUGCAGCACUACAUCAGUCUCCUGCUCAAGCAUCGUCGUCUCGUGCUCUCGGGCCCCAGCGGUACAGGCAAGACCUACCUGACCAAUCGACUGGCUGAAUACUUGGUGGAGCGCUCGGGCCGUGAGGUCACCGAGGGCAUUGUCAGCACCUUCAACAUGCACCAGCAGUCUUGUAAGGAUCUGCAACUGUACCUCUCCAACCUGGCCAACCAGAUAGACCGGGAAACAGGGAUUGGGGAUGUGCCCUUGGUGAUUUUAUUGGAUGAUCUGAGUGAAGCAGGCUCCAUCAGUGAGCUGGUCAAUGGAGCCCUCACUUGCAAGUAUCACAAAUGUCCCUAUAUUAUAGGUACCACCAAUCAACCUGUAAAAAUGACACCCAACCAUGGCUUGCACUUGAGUUUCAGGAUGCUGACCUUCUCCAACAAUGUGGAGCCAGCCAAUGGCUUCUUGGUGCGUUACCUGCGAAGGAAGUUGGUAGAGUCAGACAGUGACAUCAAUGCCAACAAGGAAGAGCUGCUUCGGGUGCUGGACUGGGUGCCCAAGCUGUGGUAUCACCUGCACACCUUCCUUGAGAAGCACAGCACCUCAGACUUCCUCAUCGGCCCUUGCUUCUUUCUGUCGUGUCCAAUUGGCAUUGAGGACUUCCGGACCUGGUUCAUCGACCUGUGGAACAACUCCAUCAUUCCCUACCUACAGGAAGGAGCCAAGGAUGGGAUCAAGGUCCAUGGGCAGAAAGCUGCUUGGGAGGACCCAGUGGAGUGGGUCCGGGACACUCUUCCCUGGCCGUCAGCUCAACAAGACCAAUCAAAGCUGUACCACCUGCCCCCACCCACUGUGGGUCCUCACAGCAUUGCCUCACCUCCAGAGGACAGGACAGUCAAAGACAGCACCCCGAGUUCUCUGGACUCAGACCCUCUGAUGGCCAUGCUGCUGAAACUUCAGGAGGCUGCCAACUACAUUGAGUCUCCGGAUCGAGAGACCAUCCUGGACCCCAACCUGCAGGCAACACUCUGAGGGUCUAAGAGUCACUGUCACCCCGGACAGCGGAAGGCUGGCUUAUGCUUCAUUAGCUCCUCCUCCCCCCUCUUCUCUCAAAGCACUGGCUCUCUGGCUCUGGGAGGAGAAUAGGAGGGAGGAGGAAAGCAAGAAGAGGGGCAGGUUCUUGGUGCUGCACUUUUGAGAACUUCCUAGUAGGGAUUCUGUGGGUGGCGUUUGGGAACCGUGUUACCGAAACACAUUUACUGGCCUCCUCUUGUGACUUUGGGAAAAGAUAAUUCUGGGUCUUUUCCUUGUUUCCUUGUUUCAAUUACAAACUCCUGGGCUCUCUGAGGAAGGGUUCAGAAGACAUCAAAAGACUCUGCAGCAGUUCCUAGCUGAUUCUCAUGAGCAACUCUGAGACAGUCAUAGGAGGGGAUGUCCGAGGAGGCAGGAAGCUUCGCUUGCUGGCUUUCUCGCUGACCCUUCCCAAUUUUGUCACCACUGCCAACAACUCUUCCCCCAGAGAUCUGGCUGGAGCCCAGGAAAGAAGCAUGUGGUUUUAAAAUUGCAUAAAUCAACCUGUAAAUGGUAACAGGCAAUGGAAAAGAUGAAGCUGGAGAAAGGGGACCCAGUUGCCAAGGUAGAAAGAGAGCUGCCAGCUCUUGCCUUCUGGAUGACAUAGGAGAUGUUAACAAGAUGGCAUCUGCCCUAAGAAGUCACCACAUCCCAAAAAUAACAUUGCAGCCUUCAGAGAGAGACCACUAGCUCUGUCUUUCUACCUUCUAAUUUAACAUGAGUGAGAGUCAAUAAACCCUACUUUUUUAUUUUUUAUUUUUAAUUUGUUUCUAUUUUUUUCUACCAUUUGCCUAUUUAUUUUCUCUCUCUUUCCCCUAUUUCCUCACAUGUCCAUGAGGUACGUGAGUUGCUUUUCCAAGGGCUACUUUGGCUUUUCCAAGUAUGCCAUCUAAUUGGUACCAGCUAGAUACCUGCUAUGCCAUUGCCUUUGGCAUCCUCGGGCUUAUGUGAGACACGAAGUACCAGUUCACCAGUAAUGGGAGAAGAGGCACUGUUUCCUUGACUCUCCUUUUGGGAAAACACAUGUUCUGCCUAGGAGCUCAAUUACUGCCCUCUGGCGUAGUAGAAGAUUUGCUCUGAGCUUCAUCGUGGACUGGAGGAAAACCCAGAGACUGGACAUACUUCUCUGGUGGCCCAUUUGCCAACUCACUGCACUGUUUUCAUGGUAGUCACUUUGCCUGACUAAAUCAAAAUUCCCUAUCCAACCCUUAACUACAUACUUGUUUUUGAAAGGCUAAUAUUCACUUAUAAGAAACUAAACACCCACAUGCGAUACUCCAAAUGUGAUAUAUGGUUCAAGGAGUUUUAUUUGGUGGUGAAUAUCUGCCUUCCACAGAGAUCCUACUUCUUGCAAAAGUUGCUCUUUUCCUGGUGACCCUGAAGGUCUGGCAGUCCCAUGUUCUUCUUUUGACAAGUGCUUGCUGAAUACUUGUGUACCAGUCACUAAAUGAAAGACAGACAUGACUUGGACCCUGAGGUUCAUGGUCUGGCAGGAAAUGUACCAUCCGUUAGGUGCACAUCCCCUUGUUAUCUGGACCUUCAGGAUCAUGUAAGAAAUGUAGCUGAAACUCAAAGAGUCAGCUAAAAAGUUGCCUUUGAUUAGAUGUCCAGUACACUGGGGGCAGAAGAUCUAGGAUCAAUUAAAAUCUGACAGACUAUGGAAUCUUGCUUGUCGGGAGUGGGCAAGUCAAUUCCUGCCAUUUCUGAAAGCUCUAUGGGACCAGAUUCCAGGCACAGCUGCCAGAUAGGCUGCCUGAAGGCCCUUGCGGAUCAGGGAUAUGAGAUGAGCCUGGGAUUCAGUGUUUGCUCUUCAGAUUCCUAAGUAGUACAAGACUUUAUCAGAAUUCAUAGGUUACUAACAUGGAUCAUGCUGUUCCACCAACCUAGGAGUAGAUGCAUCCAAGCCUUUAUAUCAGAAUAUUUUCAUUUAGGUCAACAAAAUGGUCUGCACCCCAGAAAAGCUCUGUAAUUUCACCCAGUAGCACCCAGGGAUGACAGGGUCCUUUGUGCUGGAGACUAUAAUCGCUCUUGCUGCUAAUUCUAUGAGCUGUGAAGAUCCUCAGUCAACUCAGCUGUAAAAAUAUGCAAUCUGUGAUAAGAAGAGGCUGUUUGUCCAUGGAUGGUGCUGAAAUCACUGCCUUAAGGUCUCUGCUAUGCAGAUUGAGGCCACAGAGCUGGGUGUUCCAACUUAGAAGACAGGGAAGACCAAACAGGCCUACUUUGGGCAUAGGCCUCUUCUAAAUCCCAUCCUAAGCUCCAGACCCAUGGCCAGGCUCAGACUUUUAAUGCCACCUUAACCUAAUGCUUGAGCCCCUAACUCUUGUUUUCUGGUGCUGCCCAGCCAGUGCCUUCUGACAUGGAUGUUACUGGCUACUUGAGAAAAAGGAGGAAGGAGAACCCCUUCUUCCAUUCCAACUGCCUCAGAUCAUAGAAGGAUUCUUGAGUCUCUGAUGACUGUGGAUACCACCGUGAAUCUUUUUGGAUCCUCAGCAUGUUGUUUCUGGAGGCCUCUCAUGCUAUGACUUUUCCUUUCUAUUCCUGGGAUUCACCACUGUCUACUCUUAGUUUACUGCUGCACUUAGCCCAGGUCUCUUAAUUGCUUUCCUCCAGGAAGUGUGUUUCCAUCUGGUAAAAUGCUAGUGAAGCCGGAGCUUUCCCUCUGGAGCCUGAGACCCUGUUUACAGUUGCACAUCUGGGCCUCUCACGAUGGGGACGACGGUCUCACAAAGGAAUCAUGGUUACAUGGCAACUGCAGAAGGUUGAGCCUCCUCAUGGUGCUAUAACCCGUUGGGGUGCUCAUCUAGACUUCUCUGGAGCAUAAACACCAAGCUGCCCCCUCACUCUCUAGAAUUAAUGGCAAGCAACAAAUCCAUAAUGUUCUCUCCUACCUACGCACCUAGUUCGUGGUUGAGACUUCUGGGAACCUAAAGAAGAGAAAACUGGGUCCUCUGGCUAAAUUCUCAACCCCUAUGCACCUUCAGAAGAAUCCAGCCUAUCUAGUUCUGGAAUCUGUGCUAUUGCAUUCCUCUUCAGCCCCCUGAUUUCAUCCCUCACCAAAGCUGGCUAGUACAAAACACGGUUCAAGGCUCAGCAUCAACCUGAAGAGAGAGCCACAGGAGAGUUUCCUCAGCAGAGACCCUCUUGUUUAUGACCAACAAGAUGUGUCCAAUGUAUUUGUUUCUCAGUCCCUGCCUAGGCACUAAACAUAAUAUACUAGGUAACUGGAGGCUAAUACGGGACCUGAUGUCUGUGUAUGUGUUUGUGUGUGUGUGAUGCAAGAGCACUUUUCUGUUGCUGUUUCCUAUCUUCUGAGGCUUCAUAGAGUAUUUUUUUAAAAUCCAUGCUUUGUGGCAACUCUACGGUGCUUACUUUUGUCUUCGUGUAAAUUCUGAUACCGGUGUCCUUCAUCGAGUCCUUCACCAUUGGGAAGGUAGAGGCCAGCAGGGAAACAUUAGCUAAAAGUCCAGGAGAUGCCCUAUAGGGAUGUCCUUAUUGGUCGGAAUACUAUAUAUUGGUCCUGAAUGAUCAACCUUCUAUCCAUACUCCUUAAAGACUUAAGAUAAAAUGACUUUUUUUCCAUUCCUUUCUGCUUUGCCAGUGUCACAGUGGGCCAGUGUCACUAGGGAGCUACUUGUAGCUCCCUGAGGCAACAGUCCACAAUAUUCAGAGGCACAUCCCCUCCCACUGGUCUGAGAAGUAACUCUGUCUCCUGUCCUAUUCCAAAAGACUGAGAAGGGGGCAGCAGUAGCCUGCCUUUUCUCACCAACACUUCACGUUACCUGGUAUGGCACCCAGGUACAGCAACCCGGCACACUGGUGAAAUUUGCAUGACUGAAUGGACUCAGUCCUGCAAACUAGUAUCAAAGAAAUACUUAUAUGAGGCCUUAAGGAUUCUUUAUUGCAAGAUGUAUGAGAGGACAAGUCCUAAUUACACAUUUAACACAGGGUUCAAAUACUGAAGCACCCCAGAUCAUCAAACAGCUCAUCAUUUACGUUUUCUUUCCUUAAUCCUUGGCAUGAGCUAACCUGAACCCAACACCCUCCAAAAAAUGUGUUUCUGCAGAUGGUUUACUAAUGGAAAUGGAUAUACAAGUGAUGACUGUGAGAACUACUCAUAAGUUCUGGUUUGUACCACUACUGAAAAGGCCCUACAUAAUAAAAUUGUCUUAAGGGUACUGUGUUCCCAAAAGGCUACAGCCUGAACCUACUGCCCUUUAUAAUUGAAUCCAUCUUACAUAUUUAAGAGGCCUCAAUCAGCCUGCUCAGGGAUAUAUGGAGCCACCAAAUUACUCUGCCCACUGCAAAGGAUGUAUGCGUGGGUUUGCAUCACCUGGAUCCUGAGGCAAGUACUGUGUCUGCAUACCCUAAGGAAACAACUAAAGUAGAAAAUGCUAGAGCCGUGAAGUAAGGAAACCAAUUGGAAUUUGGAAUCUACGGUUAAAACUGGCCAAGCUAAAGAUUAAGCUUAUUCAUACUGGCUUUAUCCAUCUUGAUGUUUUAGCUAUUUUUCUUAGCUUUUAUGCUAUGGGGGAUUUCCUGUGAUAAGGGUGAUCAUGAAAGUACACGCUCGUUUCUUGAUUCGACCAUUCCCUCCUUAAAAGCAGUGAUGCUCAAGGGAUGGUUCCAGACCAGUAGUGCCCACAAACUUGUUAGAAAUUAAAUUCUGAGGCCCUACCCAGAUCUACUGAGCCAGAAACUCUAGGGGUAAAUCAAUGUUUUUAACACCACCACCUCCCUCACACAGUAAAUCUGAUACAUGCUGACGUUUGAGAUUCAACCAUUUUAAAGACAAAGCUACUCUUGAGGGGCGAAGCCCUUACCCAGAGGGCCUUUGGAAAAAAAUAAGGUCUCAGGUUAUGAGUCAUAUGCUAGCAUUAAUUUCAAAGUCACUUUUCUCCUACUUAUGUCUGUUUUUGCUUCUUUUAAAUUUCAAAAGAAACAAUAUGUGCACUUUGGGGCAGAAGUUAGGGGAAUGUAUAUAUCUUUCCUACUUGAGUGAAACCUUCAGAGAAAAAUCUCUUAUCCCUCAAACUUAUGUCAGGCAAACCAAGGAGCUUCACCAGAAGAAAGCAGUCUCUGAGUUGCUCUUCUGCGGGAUUAUUUGUGUCUACUCUAAGUCUUUUCCUGAUUAUGUAACAUGAUGGAAAGUGAAAAGAAAAAAUCUAAAUUGUAUUUUCAUGAUAAAAUGUUCUUCCAGCAACAUACCUCUCCCUUACCUGAGGUGUAAGGUGCACUGCUAGACCUUAAAACCCAGCCAGAACCUCUCCAGGGCAGCUAACAACUUUAGGGCUGUAGUACCCCAGGAAGCCCCAUGUCCACGCUCUCUGUUCGGUGCAUGAGAGUUCCAUACAGUGAGGACACAAUAGUGGGCACCGAUGUCCUUGGGCGCCCCUUUUUCUUUCUUCACACUAGGACCUGGAUACAGACCUACUCGACAAAAGUGACAAUAAAAUCCUUUUAAAAAGAAAUCUAAAAGGAGCUUCAUAUCCUUCCAAAUUCUCAGACCAGCUGAUGGGGCCAGAAGGAGGAUGGGGCUAUUUAAAACUGGCUUUGGUUGGUCUUCCCUGUGAGGGAGCUUUUGGGCAGAGCACAAAGAAACACACUGGUACUAAUUCUCCUGGGCUGUGGCAUUUGGAGGACUAACACCUGAGGAAGACGAGAGUAAAAUUAACUGCACUAAAAUUACCCGCUUGGUCUCUGAAACACCCAUGAUGGGUCCCUUGGCUAUCUCCUGUGGGGUCAUCCUGCUUCCUUGCCAUUUUUCUGAGAAGGAAGGUAAUAAAAUAGGAACAAGUCCACAAAUCACAGCCAGCCUCUGGGCUACUGCUGUGCAAUGCCGGCGCUCCAUUUCCUAGUGUUCUUUUGUGUUUCAUUUUGUUCUGAACAAAGUAAUCGUUUUUAAUGACUUCUAGCCCCUGCUAGCUUCCUUUCCUUCCUCCUCCCCAUCCUGCUUUAGACAGCAUUGCAUAUGUGAUGGAGUCUGUUUCUCAAAUGCAUGGCAUUCCUCAGGUGGCAGGAAGGCAGGAAUUUUCACAUCACUUUAAUUUAUUGGGUGCAAACCCCAAAUCAGGAUACGUGUGUGUCUGUGUGUUUUACGUCGUUUUUUUCUAAUUUGACCCUCACCUCUUCUAACCUACCCCCUUUUAUAUCAAACAUAGAAAAAGCAAAGCUGAAACUGGAAAGCAAACUGUUGUAUAUAGUUGCGGUAACAAUCAUGAAGAGAGCUGGGUUGUCCCCUCAGAAAUUUCUUUUAAACAACAAAUCGGUUGAAAAUUAAAUUCAUGCCUGGGCCAGCUGAAGAGGCCUUCCGUCGUCAUCACAGAGGCCCCUCAUCUGGGCCCUCUGUCCAUCAGGCAUGUCUCUUCCCAGCAAGAUUCAUCUGUUCGAGGCCAUUUGCGUUUCAAUAAAGUUAUCUCCUGUAUGUCA